AUGGCCUCUUCUCGCGCCAACAAACGCGCGAAAGUUUCGUCGUCAGCGAAAGAACCCGUAACGACGCUCGACACCAAGGCAUUCGAUGAGAAAGACGUGGCCGAAUCGAAAACGCACACCAAAAUGACUUUCCGGUGCCCGGUCACGAUCGACAACGUCUUCACCGCGCCGACGGCCACGCAGGUCAACGUGUUUUAUGAGUCCAGUAGCAGCAAAGGGGAACCUUUUGAUCACUUGCCCGAAGGCGAAAAGCUUGCCUGGACCGAGUCGUUCCACGACAAUAAGACGUUGAUGGGGUUCAUUGUGUACACCCAGCUUUUCCCCAAGCUGUUGCAGAACAGAAUCAAGCUCAACGCCGCAACGUACCACUGGGCGCAUCUGGACAACUCCUCGGAAAAGGGGAGGACCAAACUCGAACAACGUCGCAACGCCGUAGACAGGCUCAAGAGAAAUGGCUUCACGCGCUCGGUCUUUAUGGGACUUCCGUACAGGGUGGACACCUCGGCACACAUACUGGCCUACAUGAAGAUGGACGUGGAGGAAGAGGACGAGCGCUGCAGGUUUUUUACCAAGCGCGAGUUCUCCAUGAUUUAUUCGAAGCGGGGACAAGUCGGCAGUUCGUCUGUGUACGCCUCGUGCUCCAUGGCGCUGUCCCUACUCUGGGUUGCAACGGCGAUUUUGGCCCGGCCCUGCUGCCUCGAGUCUAUCAUCCUACCACUCUCCGUCACGGAAAGGCGAGCGAUGGAGCAGAGAUUCAAGUGCCCGCCGCAAUUUUUCGACGGGCCCAUCCAAAGCUUUCAAACCAACUGGAAAGACGUGUUCGCCGCCAUCGACACGCAUCAUCGGAACAUCAACUACACGAUGCUCGAGAAAGCGUGCGAAGACAAGUACAUAAAGGGUGUGCACAUUGCCGAUGUCUAUGCUGUGUUUCGAGCGACCAUGACGGCCCCAGAUGACAUGAACAGCAUCGCGGCGUUGGUGCGAUCCUACAACCAACAUGCGAAGCACGGGGUCGAAUCCGGGGCUGUGGUCGGCGUCAUUGAUGUCAUCAGGGACAAAUCGGUCGAAGCCAUUGGUAAAAUUGACGGCGGGGUGCUAGGCAGCAUCUUUUCUGCCUACGGAGAGAGGGCGUGCCUCAAGGUCCAACCGGAGUGCAGCAGGCUGGAAGGAGGGUCGUCUCUGUUUGACGACAGCGUCAGCAACAAGCAAACUGAGAUUUUGGCACACUUUGAUUGCGAGCUGUGGAAGGCCCGAAAGAAGGACAAGGUGGAGCGGGUCGUUGCUGCGAACAUGGACCCCGCCGGCAUGAACAAAAAGAUUGAGGGAGGGAAGAUGCUCGACCCGACAGACCCGAAAUCAAUUGAUCUCAUGCACACAAUGCUUCAGACUAUCUCGGGACAGGAAGAGGGAGAACAGCUACACAAGCACGUGCUAACUGUGGGGGUGACGUACACCGACGUGGCUAACCUCUGUACGCUGCUUCUCCUGAGCUUUUCUUUCCAGCGCUCGCAGGUGCUGCGAGAAGCAACCGUCGACGAGUUUGUACUCGUGCCAGACGCGACGCACUACAAGUUUUCGUUCAAGAACAGGAGGUUCAAAACUGCAUCUUCGGGAGGGACCUCAUCUGCACCGCCUGUGUCACACUUUAUGCUGUCGCCAGAUCAGUCCAUGAUCACACGGUUCAUAGCUAUCGUGGGACACAGGUUUUGCGGCACACUAUGCUUGGACAAUGAAGCCAGGAGGCUGUUUGUCAACACCAAGGGUCAGAGCUGGACGCAGAAGGACAUAUCGUCGCGCUUCAAGAGAAUUGGCAUGCAUUGGUUGGGCAUCUCCAAUUUUGGGCCCCAUGUCUGUCGAACCUUUUGGUCCACGCAUGCCCUUAACUCUGGACAAAUCAGUGGCUCGAAUUUGGAGGACUUCAGUAGCUUUAUACAAGUUUCGAGCACCACUCUGAGGAACAGCUACAUGGCGGCAGCAGCGAAUACCGCCGCGCAUACCGUGGGUAACGAAGUGUUGGGGGCGGUGGUGAACUCCGCUUGCACGGGAGAAACGACAGAGAAGGGUGCUCGGCCGUACGGGAAGAAACUGAGCGCUAGGAGGCUUGAGUUUGCGGGAGAGAUUCGAGCCUCUCUCGCAAAGUACAGUGGUAAUGGUAGACUGCUGUUCCGUGCUCUUUUGCAGAAGAGGAAUGCUUCUCAGCUUGCAGAGGGAGAGAAAUGGUUCCGUUGGGAGAAUACGUUUUUCAGUCAGAGUGAUGAACGGCUGUUUCAGCGGUUUGUGGAUAAGAUGAACGCUUAA